AUGGCCAAUACCGACUUUACACGCUUCAGCAAGAAAGUCGUGCAAUACUUCUGGGACCCGUUGCCGAAGAACGAGGACUCCUCCCCCAUAUGGGUGCUCGGACGAUCCUACGACUCACGAUACCAUGAAGCACGACAGCCCAAAGCCCCGGGUACCUCGCCCUCCGCCCACUCCGACUCCAGCACCUCGCAAGCAGACUCCGCCAUCGGAACAGACGGCCAGAACAAAACAGACGAGCAAGUGGGGAGCAGGACAGACGAGCUGGCAAAGAGUCAAGCGGAUCUCACGAGAUCGGAGGAAGAAGCGUUAGGCUGGCCUGCAGAGUUCCUCGACGAUCUGGAGAGUAGAAUAUGGCUCACAUACCGCAACAACUUCCCGCCCAUACCCAAGUCCCCCAACCCUGCGGCAGCCAGCGGCAUCUCCUUCACCACGAAACUGAGGAAUUUCGGCAACCAAGGGGGCUUCUCAAGUGACACGGGAUGGGGUUGCAUGAUCAGGAGCGGACAGAGCUUACUCGCAAAUGCGCUCGUAACGUUGAAGCUGGGGCGGGACUGGAGGGUGUGGCGGAUGAAAGAGCAACACAAGGAACUGCUCUCUCUCUUCGCCGAUACGCCCGAAGCACCCUUCAGCAUCCACAGAUUCGUGGAACAUGGCGCGGAAGCGUGUGGCAAGCAUCCCGGCGAGUGGUUUGGGCCCAGCGCGACCGCGAGAUGUAUACAAGCUCUCACAAACAAACACAGCCCCACCAACCUCCGCGUCUACGCCCGCCCAGACGACAGCGACGUCUACGCCGAUUCCCUCUUCGCCACCGCCUCCCAGAAAGACGCCAACGACCACUUCCAGCCGACGCUCAUCGUGCUCGGCAUCAGGCUAGGAAUUGAUCGCAUCACGCCCGUCUACCACGCCGCCUUGAAAGCGGCGCUCGAAAUGCCGCAAACGGUGGGCAUCGCCGGCGGCCGCCCAAGCAGCAGUCACUACUUCAUCGGCCACCAGGGCUCGCAGUUCUUCUACCUCGAUCCGCACAGCACGCGCGGGGCGCUGUCGCCGCAGCCGACGGAGGAGGAGGCGGAGACGUGCCAUACGCGGCGAGUGAGGCGGUUGGGGAUCGAGGAGUUGGAUCCGAGCAUGUUGAUGGGCUUCCUCAUUCAUUCCAAGGAGGAGUUCGAAGAGUGGAGGAGGGAGAUUGAGAAGGGUCCAGGGGGUGGGAAAGCGAUUAUCCAUGUUUACGAUCGGGAGCCUACCUUUGCUGCUGGUGGAGGAGGUGGCGGCGUGGAGAGACCUGGGGCGGUGGAUGAAGUUGAAACGUGGGACGAAACGGGAGGAGAGGAGGAGGCGGAGGUGCGAGACGUUCAAGAUGGCGACGACGAAGACGACCAUGACGAAGCCUUAUGA